CGCUCCCCCGUGACGCCACGCGGAUGGCGUCAUCGCGGAGCGCGGCGCGGGCAUGGCGCUUCCUGCCCGGCUCCUCCGGCGGGCUUUCUCCUCAGCGCCCGGCGGGCGGCGGCGGCGGAGGGCGUGGGAGGCUUCGCUGUCGCCUCUGGAGAGACUGAAGCAGCUGCUGCCGCCGGAGGAAGCGGCGGCAGUGCAGCGCUAUGUGGAGCCCCGCUCCCCAACCUCCCAGCAGGCGCCUCCUGAGGAGAAAAUGGCGGCGGCGGCGCUGAGCGCGGCGCCCACCGCGGCUCCUUCCCCGGAGGGACCCCCUGAGAAGAAAAUGGCGGCGGCGGCGGCGGCGGCGCGUCCCGGCCCUCUGCGCGCCGGGGAGCUGGCGCUGGCGGAGCUACGGAGAAAGCACAACUCGACGCUGAAGCUGAUGUGCCGGUUGGAGGCGGGCGCGGUGCUGAACUCACACGGCGGGCUCCUGCCGCACCGGGACAUCAUCGGGCAGCUGCCCGGGCAGCUGCUGCGCUCCUCGGCCGGGGCACGGUUGCUGCUGAGGCGGCCCUCGCUGGACGAGUACGUGCUGCUGAUGCCGCGGGGGCCCACCAUCGCCUACCCCAAGGAUAUCAGUGCCAUGCUGAUGAUGAUGGACAUCCACCCGGGAGAUGUUGUGUUGGAAAGUGGCACUGGGUCUGGUGCUCUGACCUUGUUUCUGUCAAGAGCGGUUGGGCCCAAGGGACGCGUUAUCAGUUACGAAAUCAGAGAUGACCAUCACAGUUUAGCAAAGAAGAAUUACAGGCAUUGGCGUGCUACAUGGAAAACAGGACACACGGAAGAGUGGCCAGAUAAUGUGGAUUUCAUUCUUAAAGACAUCUCAACAGCUGCUGAGGAUAUGAAAUCUGUAACAUUUGAUGCAAUAGUUCUGGAUAUGCUGAACCCUCAGUCUGCUCUGUCUGUUGUACACCCAAGUCUUAAAGAGGGUGGUGUGUGCACUGUGUAUUUAGCAAACAUCACACAGGUUAUAGACCUUUUAGACAGAAUACGGACGUGCAAUCUCCCUUUUGCCUGUGAAAAGAUUGUUGAGGUAACUCAUAGAAACUGGUUGGUGCUCCCUGCUAAAAUCAAGAAUUGCAAAUCAAGCCAAAGAGUGGAAACUCAAGAAAAUAUCGAGGAAGAUCCUCAACAAAGAGAAUGUGAUGAAAUCCAAACUCAGGAUCAAAUAGUUCUUCAAGAAGGCGAGUGCAAUGAAUCGUUUCCUGAUGAUGCUGAAACAUACUGCUCAGCGCCUUACGUUGCUAGGCCAUCUCGUUGGCAGGAUGCUCAUUCAGGUGAGAUACUUGAAAAAUGCUUUUAUUGUAACUGUUUCAUCUUAAAAUGUUUUAUUUUCAAAAAUAACUUCUGUACUAGCACUUGACAUGUUACUAUAUCACAAAAUCAUGAAAUUUAUAAUAAACUAAAAAUUCAGUAUUGAAA